AUGGUGGUUGCGGCGGCGGCGCCCUGUCUCGCGACCGGCCAGGUCAUCGACCUAUCGGUGCUACAAGCGCUAAGCUGCACGUAUCAAGGCGGCGCCGAUGGCUGCACACGAGUGGGGCUCGCCCUCGACGCCAUCAACUGGCUCGUGUCCAAGACCAGCGCCCUGUGCUCGCGGUCGGCCAUCCCGUACACGUCGGGAAGCACUGGCCCUGCUCUGGAAUGCAGCGACAACACCAAAUGCGCCGGUUCUCUCGAGUUGCAAGUCGGUGGCAUGCUGGAGGCGCCGGGAGAUGAGCAUCGACUUAGUAUCAAGCAGCUCCAUACGCAACCGGUCGUGGCGACUUGCUCGACGACCGCCGCACCGUGGCGACUGUACGCGGGCGGCAUCCUCUCCCUUUGCUCGAGCGAGGACACGGCAGAUCAAGCCAUGCUCGUUGUUGGCUAUGGAGCCGAGUCCAUCAGCGGAAAGCUGUUGCCCGUCGACUUUAUCAAGGUGUGCAGCGCGUGGGGCGCCAACUGGGGCGAGAACGGCGGCGUUCGGCUGCAGUACAACCGUGGCACUUCUCCUGCGGUGUGCGCUGCCACGUCCCACCUCACGCAUCCGGCGCUCCAGCUGACGAACGCGGCGGUUGUCGGUGCGUCACCAACACCAACGCUCGACGCUCGCCAUGCCAACGGCGUUGACGAGGGCGUCCGACAACACAUGACCGACGCCCUAACCUUUACACCGAAUGAUAUUGCAUACAGUCGUUUUUUGUAG